AUGGUGGAAGUGGGUCAAAAAGUGAGCGUUAGUGGUCUGAAUGGCACUGUAAAGUUUAUCGGCGAGACUCAUUUUGCUGCUGGGACGUGGUGUGGUGUGGACCUUGACGAUAAAGCGGGCAAAAAUGACGGAUCUGUGAACGGGGCCAGAUAUUUCUAUACCGCCAAAGUAGAUGGGCUCUACGGUCUUUUUGCUAGACUUGAAGCGGUGCAAAGUCUAAAUUCAGAAGAGCAGAAUCCUGAAAGCCUCUUUGACGCUCAAAUGAACACCAAACUACAGAAACUCGUGUUCAAAUUGCAGGAUAAGAUCUAUGAUAUGCAUGCUAAGUACCUAGAACUUCAAAACAGAUUUCAGUACACCGAAAAUCUGGAAGUGAAGCUGGAAUCCUGUAUCAUAGAUAAAGAAGCUUUACUUCUUGAAAGUGAGCAAUUGGCAAAUGAGCUCUCAACUCUGAAAGACGAACAUGGGAAUGCUUUAGAACAGCUUAACGAGCUUCGCGAAGAGAUCCACCUUCGCAGAAGUAUUGAUGUCGAAGAAUGGACCUCACAAGCUUCAUCAGAAACUCUUUGGAAACGCAACAGGCUUCUCCAAGCCACUCUCGUCAAGCUUCAAGGUUCGCUAGACAGUUCGCGAGAACUCAACGAUGAUCUUGAGUUCCAAAAUCAGGCGCUUAGCAAAGAACACGACAGAGUAAUUUCAGAGCUCGAGAGCAUAUCGCGUGAGCUCGAGAAUUCUCACCGCAUGAUUGAAAGUCUAAACUCACAGUUAGACUCAGAGGUUAGUUACGACCACAUCGUCGACAAGCUGACGCAAGAAAAUACGGAUCUCAGCACUAAACUCGACUCUCUCAAAGAAACUAUAGAUGAGCUGAGCUCUGAGCGUGUGGUAGCCAACGAUCUCCAGCGUAUCUACAAUGACCUGGAAGAUGAGCUUUCUGAGCAAUUACACAUUCUACGCGAAGAUAUACAGAAAGCACAACGCACCAUUAGUAUACUCGAGGCCGAGAAACUUGAGCUCUCCAAAGAAUUGACAUCGCAAGAAGCUGGAGCAAACGAAAGUCAACUGCUAGAAUUGACGGCUCAAGUAAAUGAUCUGCAUUUAGAACUUUAUAAAAAGGCACUAAACGAACAAUAUUUGCGCGAGGGAUUGGCGACUUCUGACUCUGAAAGCUCGUUACAAUUAUCAAGACGACUUUCUUUUUUAUCCCACCUUCUUAAGCAAGAAGUACAAGAAAAGCGUCCGUUACACUUUCAGGGACCUUUUUUCUUAGACUUGGCAGCACAAUACUACGAAUCAGUAUACCGAUUGACUCGAUCAAUGAACCUGGCGCCAGAAAAGUUUACUAUUUAUGGCUCAAACCAGAUUGAGGACUGGAAAGAAAUUGUUUUCAACGGCCAGACACCGCAAGAUUUAUUGGAUUACGCUAUGAACCCUUUUUUAAACCAAGAAACUGAAGUUGUUGGGAGAGAUGCUUCUUUGUUGUUUGGUUUCUUAAAACUCUCAUCAGCAAACAUUUUAAAUCUAGACGAGCGCUUGAGCGAGACACUACGAUCUGCACUGCUUAAAUUAUGUGCCGUAUGCGAGGAAAAACUGAUAAAUCUGGCUCCCGCAGCCGUAGGGCUGAUAGAAACCCAUUGUGUUUUCACUAUUAUUUCAUCGUUUUUCGAUCGAGUAAUACUGCCCUUGAGUGAUGAUGAUCUGUACCAAGAUAAAGUGGCCUCCUUUGUGGACGAUUUAAACUCCAAAAUUUCCCUACUCGAAUUUAUUGAAAUAAUUCCCCAUCACACACAAAGUCCCAACAGCUAUGAUCAGCCUGGUGGUAAACUAUAUCAAAAUGAAGUGAAUGAAGUUAAUGCAGAGCUUGAUGGUAUGAAUCAAGUGGUAUACUCAAAGCAACUACGAAUUGAGGAGUUGGAGUUGAAGCUCAAAGUGUAUGAAAGCAAAAUUGAGAGGCAAAUGCUGCAGGAGAAUACGAUCUUAGAGCUGCAAAAUGAAUUGCUCGACUUGAAGCAGUGCAAAAAAACAUUAAAAUCAUCAAUCUCAAGUCUUGAAGCUAGAAACGCCGAAUUGAUAGAAACCUUAGAGGCAGAGCGUGUUAGACAUAAUUUCUUGCUCCCGAACCAGAGGUUAUUGAGCUUGUCCCGGGAUUUGAAUGGUGUUAACCAAUUGGAUCUCAUAUCCCAAAUAAGUGAUUUACAAUAUACGAUUCUCAGAGAGGAAGAAGUAUUUGACGUUUUAGAAAAGAACCAAUGGCUAAUAGAGCCAUUGAAGACAGAUGCACACUUUUUGAGAAAUGAUUUUUUUGAUAAGUUAAAUCUAACGAGGAGGAGCUUCUCCCACUUUCUGAGCUCUGCCGAAGUUGUACCAGUCAAUUUCAAACCACAAAAUAGCAGCGUGCUUUCCUAUUACUGCAAUAAGCUGGAGGAAAAAAAACGGCGAGCCAAUAGCUUGUUUGAGAACUUAGUAGAACCCUAA